CUACUUACUUGGGAAUUGCAGUCAGAUAUAGACCUUUGAAAGGCUGGUAGUGGAGUAGCGAGACCAUGAAAUGUUGUCGUCCAUGAGGGGUACUUUAUAUACACUCGGGUAUUGUCGAUCCGUCGGCGAAUGCAAAGAGCAGCUGACAGCCGCCUCGGUUGCUUUCCCACCCAGGCACCAGCGCAGCUUCUGUCUUGAAAUUUGCCAUGUCCCAGUCAAAUGCCGAUUUUGAAAAGGUCGUCAAACAAGAAGAAGCCUAUCUUCGCCUCGUACAUCCUACGCCAGAAGAAACACCAACAUGUAUCAAUCUUUUCGACACGUAUCUUUCCUGCAACGCUAUUCGAUCACAGAUAAAAUCAUUUUAUAGAUAUGGAGAAAGGACUCAUUGCAGUCAAAAGCUGGAAGACUUCAAAUUUUGCCUCGGUCUGACGCGGAUGGAGCCGGAAGAAAGACGGGAUGUUUGGAUUCACAGACGAGCUGAGUGGUGGGCUCAAAGACGCUUGGGGAAGAGCAGUGAAGAUGUUUGGGAAAUACGAGUAGAACCACCAAAAGACUUUCCUAAAGUUAUGAUGGAAAAGGAUACAAAGGAUUCUACUACUGUCGUUUGAGCAAUAUACAUCUCUCUCGAUUUUCAACAUAGAUAUAUAUAUAGUAAUCAUAAUAUACAUCUGCUUUGUACUUCAUAA